AUGGAGGGGGGCUACUCGGCGGACACCUCCACGAAGUGGCCCAGCAACGCGGAUGGCUACACGUUGCUCUCACGCAUUGGCCACGGUGCCUUCGCCACCGUCUACAAGGCCAAAGUGAACUCAGGCCCUGCCGCGAGUUCGGAGGUGGCUGUGAAGGUGAUCGAACUGGAGGAGUUUGCUGACUCGAGCCUUGAAGAAAUUCGGCGAGAGCUGCAAAUGAUGAAGAUGUGUCGCCAUGAGAAUGUCAUUGCCUACCACGCCUCUUGGUGA